AAAAAAAACACAUCGAUAAUUUUCUCUAUAUAUUCAACAAAAUAACCAUGGAGAAAAACAUGAAAAGAUGAUGAACGAGUAAAAUCAAGCGAAUGGUUGUGCAUUCUAUUUAUCUCAAAUCUCAAAUGAAAGAAAUCAUAUCUAUCUUAUAUAUAAUAUAAAUUCCAAGAACAUAUAUAUAAUUAAUCAUGAGUUAUUAUAAUCAACCUCCUCCCGUUGGUGUACCUCCCCCUCAAGGAUAUCCACCAAAGGAUGCAUAUGGGUACCCUCCUCCUCAAGGUUAUCCUCCUCAAGGCUAUCCUCCACAAGGCUAUCCUUCUCCGCCAGGUUACCCUUCUCCACACGGCUACCCUCCUCCACCAUACGGUGCUCCUCAAUACGCCGCUCCGCCACCACCUCAAAAAAAUUCAGCCACCUCCGGUGUCAUGACCGGCUGUUUGGCUGCGGUUUGCUGUUGCUGCCUUUUAGAUGCAUGCUUUUAAUUAAUGACAAAAUAAGAUCGUUGUAAAGGAAAAUGGCAUCCAGUAAUGAUCUUCUUACAAAUCAAAGGAUCUACCUUUUUCCUUUAUGUCAUAUAUUCUCGAUCUUUAUAAACAUUAUUUAUAUAUAAUUCGAUGUGUAUCUAUUCACAUUUUAAGGGAUCCUAUUUAUACUUAUGAGUAUA